AUGUCUCUCUCCCUUGACCAAAAGGUCCGACUCCUGGCCCGCCAGGUCCAGCGCUUCCACGAAUACAGCGCUGGGACAGGCCGUCCCAACAGCAAGAUUGUCAAGACUCCUGACGUCAAGCUUGCUGCAGCCCUCGAGCCAGCCUUUGGCUUGUACGAGUCUGGCGACACCAAGGCCACGCAUGAGUCGUGGCCGUUUUACUGGCAGCUGCAUGGAAAGGGGCGCCUCCUUACGCGAGACUUGGAGUGGUUCAGGUAUGUGGGCUACAAGCUCCUCUACAAUGGCAAGGUGAGCUCUUCAGACUUGCCAAAGUCAACUUACGAGGAGGCGCCCAAGGAGAGCUGGGAUGAGUUGUACGGACCUCCGGCCCCCCAGCAAACCGAACUAGAGCGGGGGGCUAUGUGGGCUGCGACUGGCAAUGAGACGUGGCCUCGUGUGAACGAGAAGCCAAAGUCGCAAGUCGCAGUCUCUGAAAGCAGAGACCGAUACACUCGGGAAUACCCAUCGUCCCAGAAUCUGGCUGAUGGUGGCGAUCUCAUCACAUUGGCCACUGAAGUGGUGCCCAUCAACAAGUCUCUAUGCGACUAUGAACCUCUGUGUCCCGAAUAA